GGCAUUAUAUAUAAUAAAAGUAGCUUGAUAGCUGGUAGCUAAGUGAUUCUUUGUUUUGAAAAUGGCUAUUCUAGCUAGAUAGUCAAUGAAACAGACUCAGUACUGCAGUAAACUUGCUGGGUUGUAGCAUGUUUCUGUGCUACAUCAAUUGUAGCUAGUCAGGCAACUAGUUAAUCUAAUUAAACACGUUUUAAAAUGGUUCUGCGCUUACUCGUGGUAUAGACUGGUUUUUUAAAAUAACACUGGCUGGUAAACCUAGGUAGCUAGGCUCCUGUGAGUUCAGUUAGCAAGCUAGCUAAUCGGUUAACUGUACUAACUAGCCAGCACGAUAGAGAUUACAAAAUUACACACAAGUAACUAAACAAGUAGACUAUCAUUAGUCUAAUGUAGUUUACCUUGAUUUAUUCAUUUCGGACACCAAUGACGGAUUUUUACAAAUUUUGUGUAAGGAAGAAUCAUGAACAUUAGCAGUGAUGACAUAGACGUGGAUCUGCAGAGCAGCUAACCGGUGUCAUCUCUGGAGGUAACCUGCAACAGCUCUCAGCUCCAGGCCGCACGCGCCUGCAGGCAUGAGCAGCAGGAGGAAGCGCGCGCCGCCCGUGAGGGUGGACGAGGAGGCGAAGAAGAGGCUGAACUGGAACAUGCACGAAGACCGGAGGAACGAGGAGAUCAUCGUCCUGGAUGACGAAGAGACUCUGCUCCCGGGCUCCUCUGUGGCCCCUCUUGGGGGGGCCAGUGAGGAGGUUCUCCAGGUCAGCUGCUCCAGCUCAGCCCCGCCCACAGAACCGAUGGAGGAGCCUCCAUGCCCCUCCUCCUCUGAUACGCCCAAGACACUCUCCCUUGCCGUCCUUCCCAUGUCGGACCUGGAGUCGGUCUGGAAGGCUUUGAUCGGGGAGUUCAGCCUCCAUCCCAAACAGUUCCCACUGGAGGUGGGGUGCAGGAGUUUCGGCCUCCAGAGGACCGGGGAUCAGCUCAGUGUAAGCCUCCGCAAGGAGGGCGAGGGUGGAGGCCCAGAGGAGCCUGGGUGUAGUGGUGAGCAGCUCUGCCCAGUGGAGUGCUCCCUUCCUGGUGCAGUGCUGGAGGACCUGGCCUGGCUCCAGAGGAGGAGGCUGAUCCAGCUGGGUCAUAAGCAAGGAGAGAUGAACAUCAAGCUGGGCAUCUUCAUCCUGGAGGCGGCCUUGGGCCGGCCGGAGUUCCUGAGUGAGGGGAACGGGCGCAUCAGGAAGGCCAAUCAGCUGCUGCAGAAGCUGAUGGAGCUCUUCUACGACUUCAUCAUUCCAGAGGUCAUGGAGAACGAGGAGGAGGAGAGCGACACGGACCUGGAGCGGCAGAACGUGGAGGAGCUGUACGACCACGUCAGGCACCUCCACCAGGAGGAGGGCCUGGAUCUGCCCUGGGACGUCCAGCACGAGGCCCUGAUCCCCGUGCUGCGGCCCUACCAGCGCCAGGCGGUCAACUGGAUGCUGAAGAGGGAGAAGUACAAGAGCGAAACGCCGCAAGGAAAAUCCCUGCAUUUCCUUUGGAGAGAGGUGGUUACACUGUGUGAAAAGAAGCUCUACUACAACCCAUACACAGGCUGCCUGAUUCGGGAGUACCCCCUGGCCGGGGUGGACUGGCCCGGCGGGAUCCUGGCGGAUGAGAUGGGCCUGGGGAAGACGGUGGAGGUGCUGGCGCUGAUCCUGUUUAACACGCGUCAGGGCCUGGAGCGCAGCGGACUCACCCUGCCUGCGGGGCGUUCGGUCAACUACUUCGUCCCCCCCCCACCGAGAGAAAGGGAGCGAACCAAAUACUUGAAACGUGACAUACGACCCAAAGAGAAAGUGUCCUACCCAGCUGUGCGUGUGAUGCUUCUCACCGCUAUAAAGGAGAUGAGGGUGGGGAAGGGGGCCUCUGUGAACGCCAUAUUCGCCUACAUCCGCACCACCUACGGCUACGACCUGCUCAGGAACCGCACCCACAUCAAGAGGACCCUGAGCAAGCUCAUCAAAGAGGAGAUGGUGGAGCAGGUCAAAGGUCGCGGACUGGCAGGGUCAUUCAAGCUCGGGAAGAAGUACAAAGACACCAAGAAGAAGAUGGCCACUGUCAAGCCUAAACCUGCCACCCCAGACCGCGGACAGAGAAGAACGUCUCGCAGGACUCAGGAGAAAGAGGCUGCAGUGAGCUUGGAGACCACAGGGGGGAGCUGUAACCCAGAGGACUCACUGAAAGCCAGCACCCCACCGAGCCUCUCUCCCGCAGAACAUGGCCACAGCAGGCAAGAUGUCCCGUCAGAUGGAGAGCACGGUGCUGAAGACCCCGAGACAGGUGCACAGGGAUCCAAUCAUGGCGGAGCUGCCAAAGAUCCACCUAUCAGAGCUCAGGAAAACCCACCAAUCGCAACAGAGGAAGACCCAGGCCCCGCCCUACCAGGGAAAAGCGAACCUGAGGUAAAGGAGGAGGACACCCCGGAGGCGGAUUCGGAAGCACCCCCCACCCGGGCCUCCGUGGUGCUCCCCUUCAACACGCCGGACUACCGCUUCGAGUGCAUCUGUGGCGAGCUGGGGCUGGUGGACUACAAGGCACGCGUGCAGUGCCUCAACUGCCUGCUCUGGCAGCACGCCGAGUGCGUCAACUACAAGGAGGAGAGCCUGGGCACCACGCCCUUCUACUGCCCCCACUGCCUGGUCGCCAUGACGCCCGUGCCCACCGGCGCCACCCUCAUCAUCUCCCCCAGCUCCAUCUGCCACCAGUGGGUGGAGGAGAUCAACCGCCAUGUACGCUGCUCCUCCCUGCGCGUCCUGGUUUACCAGGGUGUAAAGAAGCACGGCUUCAUCCAGCCGCACGUGCUGGCGGAGCAGGAUGUGGUCAUCACCACCUACGAUGUGCUCCGCUCCGAGCUCAACUACGUGGACCUCCCUCAUAGCAACAGCGAGGACGGCCGCCGUUUCCGCAACCAGAAGCGCUACAUGGCCGUGCCCAGCCCCCUGGUGGCCGUGGAGUGGUGGCGCGUCUGCCUGGACGAGGCGCAAAUGGUGGAGUGCACCACCGCCAAGGCUGCAGAAAUGGCAUUGCGCCUGACCUCUGUCAACCGCUGGUGUGUUAGCGGCACUCCAGUACAGAGGGGCCUGGAAGACCUGUAUGGGCUUGUUCUGUUUCUGGGAGUGGACCCGUACUGGGUGAAGUACUGGUGGGACCAGUUGCUGUACCGCCCGUAUCGCCGUGGAAACGCAGAGCCUUUGUACAACCUGAUUGGCCAGCUCCUGUGGAGGUCUGCUAAAAAAGACGUCAUUGACCAGAUCCAGAUCCCCCCACAGACGGAGGAGAUCCACUGGCUGAACUUCUCGCCUGUCGAGGGCCACUUCUACCACCGUCAGCACGAGGUCUGCUCCCAGGACGCCCUGCUGAAGCUGAGGAAGAUCUCUGAUUGGACGCUGAAGCUGGGCAGUCUGGACCGCCGCACGGUCAACACCAUCCUGUACCCGCUGCUGCGGCUGCGUCAGGCCUGCUGCCACCCGCAGGCCGUCCGGGGCGAGUUCCUGCCCUUCCAGAAGAGCACCAUGACGAUGGAGGAGCUGUUGAAGUCCCUGCAGAAGAAGUGCAGAGUGGAGUGUGAGGAGGCCCACAGGCAGCUGGUCUGUGCCCUCAAUGGCCUGGCGGGCAUCCACAUCAUCAGAGGUGAAUUCGUGGAGGCGGUGGAGCUCUACAGAGAGGUGCUGCGCUCUUCAGAGGAGCACAAAGACAGGCUGAAAACGGACUCGCUGCAGAGGCUGCAUGCUACACACAAUUUAAUGGAGCUGCUGAACGCAAAGCACCCUGGGAUACCCCCGACUCUGAGGGAUGAUCGUCUGCAAGAGGAGGCGGAGCAGCUCAGGCAGCACUACAUGACCAAGUCUAACUCUGAGGUGGCGGAUGCCCAGCAGGCUUUGCAGCCCGUCCUGCAGAACAUCCGCGAGCUGAAGCGCAAGGUGCAUCUGCGCUCCCCCUGGUGGCUGGAUGUCAUACAGCGGGCGAUCCAGUAUGCCGUUGACGACGACCUGGUCCUUCGCAUCCAGAACGAGCUGACCUGCAGUUACAAACAGGAGCCAAACAAGAUCUCCAUGGCAGACAAGUUCCGGGAUGGGCGGGGCCUGCAGUACCUCCUCAGCUCUCAGAUGGACGAUCUUCUGAAGUCCCAGAAGACAGUGCAGGACGCUGUGAAGAAACUGGAGGGCCCGCCCUCAAAGGAGGUCAUCGAGGAGGCCACCAUCUGUCACCUGAGACCCGUGCGCCUGCCGCUCAACAACUGCGUGUUCUGCAAAGCAGAUGAACUCUUCACCGACUAUGAGUCCAAGCUGUUUUCUCACACUGUGAAGGGCCAGACGGCCAUCUUCGAGGAGAUGAUUGAGGAUGAGGAGGGUCUAGUGGACGACAGGCUUCCCACGACGAGCCGCGGUCUGUGGGCGGCCAGCGAGAUGGAGCGGGCACUCAAGGCCAUUCUGUCCUUUGCCAAGGGGCGCCGCAUGGACCCUGCCCUGGUGGAGGAGGGCAACACCUUCAUGGAGCUCUUUGAGUCCUGGAAGAAAGAGUACAAGCUUCUGCACGAGUACUGGAUGGUGCUGAGGGACCACGUGUCAGCGAUCGACGAGCUGGGCAUGGCCACCGAGCGUCUGCGUGUGCGACACCCGGACGAGCCCAAAGCCAAACUCCUGCACAUCAUCGAGCCGCAUGAGGUGGAGCAGAACAGGGUGAAGCUGCUGAAUGACCGGGCCUUGGCCAAAUCCCAGCUGCAGAAGAAACUGGGACAGUUACUGUACCUCACCAACCUGGAGAAGUCCCAGGAUAAAUCCACAGGAGGCUUGAACCCAGAGCCAUGUCCCAUCUGUGCACGCCCGCUGGGGCAGCAGUGGGCGGUGCUGACGUGUGGCCACUGCUUCUGUAACGAGUGCAUCGCCAUCAUCGUGGAGCAGUACAGCGUGGGCACCCGCCGCCGCGCCAUCAAGUGCGCCAUCUGCAGGCAGACCACCUCCCACACCGAGAUCUCCUACGUCUUCACCACCCAGAUGGCCAGCCAGGGCCAGGACAUACCCGUCAAGGGAAGCCACUCCACUAAGGUGGAGGCCGUGGUCAGAGCCCUGAAGAAGAUCCAGAUGACUGAUCCAGGGGCCAAGUCACUCGUCUUCUCUACGUGGCAGGGUGUCCUUGACAUCAUCGCUCAAGCGCUGUUCGACAACAACAUGGAGUUUGCCCAGAUCAACGGCAUUCAUAAAUUCCAGGAGAACCUCUCCUCCUUUAAGUACCAGGAGAAUAUUAACAUCCUGCUGCUCCCGCUCCACACGGGCUCCAAUGGGCUCAACAUCAUUGAGGCCACGCAUGUUCUAUUGGUGGAGCCCAUCCUGAACCCCGCCCACGAGCUGCAGGCCAUUGGCAGGGUCCACCGCAUUGGCCAGACCAGGCCCACUUUUGUUCACAGGUUCCUCAUUAAAUCCACCAUAGAGGAAAGAAUGCAGACCAUGUUGAAAACAGCAGAAAAAAGUCACGGUGCGACUGCGAUGAAGCACUCGGAGGCCUCGGUGCUGACGGUGGCGGACCUGGCGGAUCUCUUCACUGAGGACACCGAGACACUGGAGUGACCCCGGGAACGGUGCCAACCGCACGCCCACGGGCACCAGCAUCACCAGCACAGAAUGCUUUAGGAGAGCAGAACAGCGGUGGUGUCCACCAGAGAUCCACCCGUCUACACUGAGUCACAGCUCCGGUCAUUAUGACAUCAUAAAAGCUUUUCUGUAACGCAUUCCUUUUUAAUACAUCAUCGGAUUAUACUCACACCGUUGAUUGGAGUGGAACCUGAAUCACCUUAAGGUGUCAGUCAGUUGCUGUUUGAAAGGCAGCUCUUCAAACAAGACCUAGAGUGGACACCACUGGUGCACAGUAUUAUGGUGAAGGAAAAGUAUCUAAUAGGAAAGUGUGGCAGUUGUAGUUUUAAAUUGUUUUAAUUUUUAAAUUGUAUUAAUGCCCAAUGACUAAUUAUUUCCAGUGCCUGCAUAAGUAUUUGAUUUUGAACAUUCCAGUUUUGAAAACAGUUGCCCUAAUCCUAUGAUUUUUAAUUUUCGGUUGAUAGGAAUAAACUCAUUUCCAGUGUCUGUAGUCAUGCAGUGGUGUCUCAGAUGCUUUUUAAAAAACUUCAUCUGUAAAUGUCUCAGUGAAGCCUGCUUGCUGCUUCUCACAGGCACCUUUAUAAACUCACACCCACUGCUUUUGGAUGGUCAUGUUUUGACUUGCCCACUAAUGUACAGUUUAAUUUCAUCAUUAUGUGAAGGUGAUAUAUGUAUGUGUGUGUGUGGUACACCCGGGCAACCUGGCUGAAGUGCCACAGUCCCAGUUACUCUGAGCAUGUGGUCACUUUCAGUAAUUUAGCCUUAUAAUUAAUAUAAUAACUAACUGUUAAAGGUACUGAAGGAGCAAAUGCCCUUUGUGUGCCAGUUUUUUUGCACAUGCUUCCCCCUCAUCUCCUCGUCUCAUUAGAACAAGUUUCUAAAUCCAAGAUUAAGUUAAUGAGCUAAAAUCAGGGUGAACAAACGUGUCCUUUCUUGUACAACAAGAGCGGAGUGUUCUGUAAGGGCCUGCUUUCAAUAAAAAGGUCCAAAUAGCUUCGUUGCUGGCUUGAUUGUAAAAUCUACAGCAGCAUUUUCUUCAGUCCCCCCCCCCCCCCCCUUGAAAUAUGACAGAGUAAAGGGGUCCGUUUUUGUGUCCCAGUUGAUGUCUGUCCCCCCUUAAGGCAGGGCAGUGCACUUCCUGGUUGUAAAGUGGUGAGGAAGGAAGCCGCCGGCGCUUUACGGCGUGUGGCCGCCGCUGGGCUUUGUGGAAUCACUUCCCGUUCAGUGCCUCCUUUCAGCCCGUCGUCUGGGGGAACGACAGUCAGGCCUCGCGUUCGGGCUCGUCCCAUUUGCAACACAAAAAAAAAAAGCCCAUGAUUCAGCGUCCGUAAAAACCUUUCCUGUAAAGUCAACUCGUAAAAAGGACACAGUUGGACAAAAUAAAAAAAAAGGGCGGGGGGG